AUGUCUCCGCCCAAGUUAGGCGCGAAUGAACCCCAAAUUUGCCGCCGGACGCCUGGGAGGGCUGCAAUAGCCAUUGUGCGAAUAUCCGGCCCUGCUUGUCCACAGAUCUAUAAAGGCUUAUCGUUUGACUCUUCCCUGCCCAAACCGCGGUAUGCUAGCCUUAGGACCCUUUAUGAACCAGGGAAACCCCCCUCGACGAAUACCGUUCUCGAUUCGGGCGCCUUAGUAUUAUACUUUCCGGCGCCGAAGACCGUGACAGGCGAAGAUGUGCUGGAAUUACACAUCCACGGCAGUCCUGCCGUGAUUAAAGCUGUACUAAAUGCUAUACCCAAGUGCGCAGGAAACGGGUCAGAAGCUGGAAGUCAGCCAUCCAUCCGUUACGCGGAACCCGGCGAAUUCACUCGCCGGGCGUUUUUGAACAAUCGCUUGGACCUUCCCCAAAUCGAGGCCUUGGGUAAUACUCUCGCGGCCGAUACUGAACAACAGCGUCGCCUGGCUGUUAGGGGCACAAGCGAUACGCUUUCAGCAAGGUACGAGGAUUGGAGACAGCAACUGUUGUACGCGCGUGGGGAGUUGGAGGCGUUGAUCGAUUUCUCUGAAGAUCAACAUUUCGAUGAAUCAGUGGAUGAUUUUAUGCUCUCUAUCACCAAACAGGUUCGGAAAUUGCUGAAUCAGAUAAAUGUGCACAUUGAAAAUGCCUCAAAGGGAGAGUUGUUGCGGAGCGGAAUCAAAGUCGCGCUGCUCGGUGCUCCCAAUGCCGGCAAGAGUUCACUAUUGAAUCGGAUAGUGGGGCGCGAGGCGGCAAUUGUGAGCAGCGAAGAGGGAACGACUCGUGACAUCGUCGAUGUUGGAGUGGACCUCGACAUGGCGGGAUUGCGCUCCACGCCUUCAAAGGUCAUCGGUGAGACGGACAAUACCUCUGUUAUCAUCGGUGAGGUAGAGAGAGAAGGCAUACGCCGAGCCAAGGCGCGAGCACUGGAAUCCGAUCUAGUUAUUGCUGUCCUCUCUCUGGAACAGUGUCCACAGCGUGGAUCCUCGUUGAAAAUUGAAUCGGAGGUAGUUGACGCGGUUCGAGAUUGCUUGCGGCUCAACAAGCGCGUUAUUAUUGCGGUAAACAAGACGGAUAAACUACCCGUGAAUGCCGAUCGAGAAUACUCGAGAAUGGUAGAACAAAUCUGCUCUACGUUCCAGGGCCUUGGCAGAAGUCACAUUUACCCCAUAUCUUGCAAGCAGGCACAGGGCAAGACUCUCGACGUCCCAGACCCAGGGAACAUACAAAUACUACUCAGGGGAUUAAUUGAUGCAUUCGAGGAGAUGGCAAUGCCAGCGCAGUCAGAGGAAGCGGAUGCUCAGUACGACUUUUCUUAUUAUCAAGACUCUCUAGGAGUCACCCAUCGUCAAAGUUCUAAUUUACAAAUAUGCGCCAACCAUCUAAAAGAUUUUCUAUCCCAAACCAUGCCAGCCCAAAAUGCCAAUGCAGAUGAUAAUACAACGCUCCAGACUCCAGAUGAUGCGCUCGCUAAAGAUAAGAUGCUCGACGUUGAUAUCGUGGUGGCAGCAGAACAAUUGCGGUUUGCUGCCGAUUCGAUAGCAAAGAUUACCGGCCGUGGUGAAGGUGGUGAUGUGGAGAGUGUCUUGGGAGUGGUGUUUGAAAAGUCGGUAUCCCUCCAUUGCGUUCUGCCGUCCAACGUUUCCCUGCCGGGAUGCCAUAACUGA